GAAAUUUUAACCAAAUUAUGUCUAAUGACCUGGCUCAUUUUUAGGACAAUGGAACAGGACGUGGAUAAAUGCUGUCAGGGUUUUAAGAGUCACUGCAACCUGAGAUGUUAAUCCGCCACAUCUGCUCCCCAUCCGUUCAUACAAGUUACGCCUUUUUAAAAAUGAAGCUUGAGUUCCAGAUCCCGCGUGAACGAGCGUAGCGAACUUUAGACGCGAUGGCGGACAGCGGCUCGUUAGCGCUGGACGCCGCCAAGCUAGCUGCGGUUUCUAGACUUCACGCUAAGCUAACUGUCAAUUAAAGUUCUACGUUAUCUUGAAACUGGCAACAACGCAAUAAGACAAAACGCUUUCUAAUACGAACUUUUGUAUUGUUUUAGCUUUGUCCUUACAAAUUCGUAAUUUUAAAUUACAAAUUUUAUGCUUCAGAGCUGUUCAUGAGAAUGUUACAAGGAGUGCGCUCCCACCUCCCUUCACAUGUGUCUACAUCACCUCCAUUGCUCUCAGUCUACUACGAGUCCACCCCGCGCGUUAUCUCCCUUUAACCUGCUUUCUGUAGGUGGAAAACAAGCACAUUUCUGUGCCGAAAACAAAUUAAACAGAACCCAGUCUCAUCAAGGACACCUUACUCCUACUUUGGCAGUGACAAGGGAAGGUGGGAGGGUAUAACUCCCUUUCCUCAUGAGCUUGACCCGCUCAAAACAAGCGAGUGGGAAAGGUCCGACCACACCGGCAGACGCACGGACGGUGGAGGAUGUCGUGCUUCUUCCCCUGUGGAGCCCUGAUGCUCUGCGGCACCAUGCUCCGCGUGGCCCUGCCGGCCUCGCAUGGACGGCAGCUGCUCCCCACAGCCACAGAGGCCCCGUCGGCCUCCGCGGCCUCUCGCCGCGCGCCGUGCUUCGCGGACGACGCGUACGCGGCGUUGCGCGAGGCCGGCGGCGACGGGGAACUCGCGAGCCGCAGUCGGACCCGGUUUGGGAUCUGCGGCGCGUCCGAUGGCUCGCCGGCCUCGCCGGCCUCGGCCCUGUUGCAGCUGGCGAAGGAAACGAGCGCGAACCCGGGGCGCGGCCUGGAGGUGCUGCAUCCGACCGGAGUGCUCAUUUCAGAGGAAGACGAGGAGAGGGGAACGCUGGUGUUGACCCUUGACCUCCCGCAGUCCCCUUUGCUCGGACGGAGCCCUGCGCUGCUCCUGGCGUUCGAAGGCCCCCCCACCGGGGGAAACCUGGACGUCACCUUCACAAGUCAGUCGCUGCAUCCUCCCGCUCAGACCGCGUGCACCUCGGGAGACACGUGGUACAUAAUGCUGACGGGAAAAGCAUCCGAUGGCGACGUCCCCCAGAAAUGGAGGAUUUCCGUUGAGGCCAAAUCCCCCGAUAUGAGCCGACGCCUGAAAGAGAUCCUGACUGGUGGAAGAUCAGGAAGUAACGUCGGCGUGGUGCCGCUUCUGCUUUUCUCUGGGGAACGAGGAACUGACACAAGGUAUCAUCUGAACUCGUCCCCGGCUUCCUCACAGACCUCCUUCCUCUGUGAGCUGGAGCGCUUCCUGGGUGACGUCCUGCCUCAGGACCACCGCGAGUCCUCGCCCCUCCAGCUGGACUCCCUGAAGUCCCUGCCCCCCCUGACGCUGGGCCUGUCCUCCGGCGACGCCCUGCUGGCGGGACUCAUCAACUCCUCCUCCGUCACCGUCUUCUCCUUCAGGAGCCGGGCCUCCGGGUUCCGGGUGCACCGCGGGGAAUUGGCCUUCUCCCCCCAGCUGCUGGAGGAGCUCAGGCGGAGGCUGGAGGCGGAGGCGGGCAAGAUGGCGGCGGUGAUGCGGGAGGAGCGGGUGGGCCGCGGCGCCGCGCAGAGGCUGGCGAGGCUCGGGGAGCUCUGCGUUUCCGAUCGAGGGGCCGGCACCAGAACAGGGGAGAGACAGUACCGGGCCUUCCUUCUGCUGAAGGCCCUGCAGACGGUGGCCCGUGCCUACGAGGCGCAGAGGGGACAGCGGGCCACCAGAGCGGGCCCCGACGCCACCGCCAGGGCCAACCCAUGCGGGCUGAAGAGCCUCAGCGUGAGCCUGGACAAGCGCCUGGACAUUCCCAACAUCAUCAACAUCAACAACUGCCAGGGCUCCUGCGCCUACCCGCUGGCCGCCGCCACCAACCACGCCGUGCUGCUCAACUACCACGUGGAGGUGGACAACGGGGACGAGCGGGCGCCGUGCUGCGUGCCCGUGGCCUACGAAGCGCUGCAGAUGGUGGAGGUGAAGGACCACGGCACCGAAAUCUCCCUCAAGCCAGACAUGGUGGCCAAAGAGUGCGAGUGCCGCUGAAACGGCUUGAGUGAUGUACAUUUAACGCUGAGACUUGUAAUGCAAUGCAAUUGUUACUGGCAUUCACACGUUAUUAAAAUAUAUAUAUAUAUAUAUAUACACAUGUAAACUUUAGAUUAUUUGCAGUAUUCCCACACUUCCCCAAAAAGUUAAAUAUUAGUAUUAAUUAUAUUUUACUUGUAUUAUUAAAAUGAAUAAGUUCUCAUCAUUCAUAAGGCGUUAAGAGUUAUUCUUCCAAAAUUGUUGCUAACACAACAUCGUGUCACAAUGGAGCAGAAAGUGAUAUUUGAAAUAUUGAUACUUUAUUUCAAAUAAAGUAUCAAAUGUGAUAAAUGGCGGAGAAAUUAAAUUUCUAUAAAACAAAAAUAAAACCAUCAUCAUUGUAACAUUCUGUCUAUUAUUAAAUGA